AUGGACUUUCUUCAUAGGAAUGGAGUGCUCAUUAUUCAGAAUUUGCAAAAGAACUAUCAAGCUCCCGACAGUGUUCUACAAAGUUUUGUGUCCAAUGUUGGAAACCCUCAGAAUAUCUUUUCCAUUUAUUUUCCAUUUUGGUUUUAACUUAAUCAGACAAUUGGAACCAAGAUAAUCUGGCUAGCAGUCAUUGGGGAUUGGUUCAAUGUAAAUGGAAGUCCAUCUGGCCAUGUGAUGGGCUCUUCCUGUGUCUGGUAUAUCAUGGGAACAGCUGCCCUGAGCCACAUUGUCAACUAAAUGGAUAAGCUGUCUACCAUUCUGCACAGACUGACUUGGUCAAUUCUUUGGAAUUUUUUUUGGUUGAUUCAAAUCAGUAUCUGCAUCUCCAAAGUAUUCAUAGCAACACAUUUUCCUCAUCAAGUUGUUCUUGGAGUAUUUGGAGGUAAACAUGAUCACUUACCUAUAGCUGUAUGGUGUAAAAUCCUCAAUAUCAUUUGUCUUAUGCUACCAACACUGAGCUUCCGGCUGUUCUGCAUCAUGGCAUCCUUAGUCACAUUGCAGCUCUACAAUUUCAUCAAGAUCCCCACUCAUACCAUACAUUUAUUUUACCUCUUAUCUUUCUGUAAAAGUGCAACCAUCCCCCUGGCUGUGGUUGCUCUGGUUCCCUACUGUAUUUACCUGUUUUCAUUAAUAUGUGAAUAA